UUUUCAUUUGUUUUUUGAAAAUCCAAAAUGGUAGAUUACUGCAUAAGAACUAAAACAAAGUUAGGCGAGACAGAGAGUCUCAGUACAAUGCUUUUGCCUGUGAAUAGGCCAUCGAUGCUAGAAAGUGAGCUAAAGUAUUAGCAGCUCUAGGCACUAAUUGAAUAGAACAAGAAACAAAUGAAUGAAUUAAUUCUCUACAACUAUUGGAGGCAAUGCCAAUGGUCAUCCAAAGAUGGAGUUGUCAAAUUUUGCAUUCCAGAGAGCAUCAUUUCUAGCAUACAUAACUGCCAAGAAUUCCACCAUAAUAUAUCUGCAUGUAAUUUUGGCAAUUCAGCCCACAAAAAUAUUUCUCAAGAUAGUCAUGUCCCAUGUAUGUGUCUUUUGAAUUUUGAUUAAUCAAGCCUGAAACCUUGGAUCCUCGUAAAUGUGGAUACCGGUUUGAAUCAUUGGAUUGGAAUUAUCUAACAACCAAGGGUGCCCCAAAUUAACGUGGAGUCCCCAUUACCAAUUCUCAGUCUUGCUCCAUUACAAAUCAUUUCAUGUGCUGCCAUAAUACUCCUCCAACAUAAACUAGGACAAUUUCUUAGCAUCAAUAAAUGAAGUUUUAGGGAAGUACCUAGCUUCGUAGAUACGACCACAAAAGCCUUAGCUUAGAGUUGAACGACUGAGCGACACCGCCAAACACUCCGACGAUGCAACGAAUCUGCGAAUUUGGAUUGUAUUAGCUAGUAGUUGGAUGAAUGCACAUUGUUGAAAUGUCGACCUCAAUUCCAGUCAAUCCUGUUGAUAACAUCCAUAUGGCUGGAGAAGACAGAAUUAGUGAACUCCCCGUGGGUAUACUUGACAAUAUUUUGGGAUUUUUGCCGAUUCAAGAAGCUGCUAGAACUGUGAUUUUAUCUUCCUCCUGGAAGGAUAUCUGGUUUAGUCUGACAAAGCUCAACUGUUGUCAUGGUUUUUUUGAUUACAUAUGUCCUAACUAUUCCGAUGCUGAAGGUUGGAAGUCGGACUCUCAAUCUCAUAUUUGGGAAGUAAUCAACAAAAUUCUCAUGCAGCACAAUGGAUCUAUUCAGAAAAUUGUCUUCCACUUUUCUGAAGAAGUAUUUACAUUCCAUUCCUCUGAAGAAUUUGAACUUUGGGAUAUAGCUAAGUUGUUGUCGUACAACUUGAAUCAGUGGUUUCUUCUUCUCACCCAGAAUGGUGUUGAAGAAAUUGACAUUUCUUGUUUUAGAGAGACAAAAUGCCAGGUGUCGAAUUGCUUACUUUCUUGCCCCACACUGAAGGGAUUGAAACUUGAAAAUGUCGAUGUUGAACCAAUAAAUGACUAUUGUAUACUUCCGAAUGUUACAUCACUUUCUCUUCGUUUGGAAAUCUCCCUGCUCGACUGUUCUCCUUAUUAUCACAAAAAAUUUUGUGUUCUGCCACUUAACUUGGACUUGAGAUCUAUAUCAAAUUUUGAUUUGUGUUGCUCCCCUUGUUGCUUUGAGAUGUUUGUUAAAGAACAUACUAGAGUUGGACAUGCACCUGCACUAAACUUUGAACUCCUCAAGCUAAGUGUAGCAAGUUGUAGCUUUACGCCAGAAUAUAUAAAUAAUUCUGCAUUCAUACAUCUGCUGCGAGCGUGCGCAAAAUUAUGCGAACUUGAUAUAUGGCAUCUAGAGGACCUCUUUGACGCAAUCAUGGAUCCACCUUCACCUGAUGAUCGAGCUUACCAAAGUUAUAUGCCAUACGGAAGGAAUCCUUACUAUCCUUCACCAUCCCAACCCUAUCCACCGCCUCAAUACUAUCAUAACUACCCUUUUCCUUACCCACCUACUUUUCCAUAUCCAAUACCUCCACCACUAAUUUAUUAUCAUGAACAAGCUUACGUAACACAGCAUUUUCAACCCCAAAGAUAUCCUACUCAUGAGAUGCCUCCAUAUUACCCUCCAACGCACUUUGACGAGCCAAACCAUCCAAAUUCUGAAAAUUUUGCGAGCAGUGACCCAUCCACGCGAGCCACACGUGUGUGUGCCGGCGUGGGAGCUCACUGGAACAAUUCCACGCCGAGUCACACGCGUGUUGACGACGUGGACAGAGCCGACACAUGUGCCUAUUCUUCUACUUUUCCAGAACCGCCUCUUUCGCCUGAAAACAACCAAACCACCCUCGAGCAACGCUUAAAUGAUUUUAUACGAGAAACGAGGGAGGAGAAUGCUAAACUCAAAGAAACCAUCACUAAAGAGAUGCUGGGAGAAAUUCAAGAGCUUCGCCACGAAACACUCUCACCGCUCCAAACGGUUGAGAGCACACUCGCAAAGAUUAUGGAAAUGAUCCAAGUCCAGGGAGAAACAGAUGUGAACGCUGUAACACUGAGAAGCGGGAGAGCACUUCCAGAAGUUGUCCCACCUCCGCACAAUCUGUUCCGAAAAAAGAACCAAGGAUGGACAAUGACGAGACUUCCAACUCGACGCACGUUGAACGAGCACUCGAAGAAGAAUUCAGAAGGGAAGACAUACAGCCACAACCCUCUCGAAAAGGAAAGGAAAUCAUGCAAGAACCACCACCUGUGCUGA